CAAUCAUGUCAGAACCUGUCAUUCUCGUUCAUUACUCUCAUGUUUCACCCCAAAUUACAGUAAACUCCUAGAAUGGGAUACCUUUAAGAUCUGGAAUAUCCGUGGGUGAAAGUCCUGCGAUCAGCAUGGCGUCAGCAGGAACGACCAGACGAACAGCCAGAUCGUUGGAUAGAGCGGAGUACGAUCCCCCUCAAAGAACUGAGAGGAGGUUCGGUAGGGCCAAGUCCGAUCCUAGGCCUAGAGGCUCGAGGAACAGAAAUGAGGCUCUUCCACCGAUAGAAAGCGCUAACAGUCUCGAAUCUGACAGCAGAGAUAUUCUCCAACAUGGUCCAUGUGGUCCAGGGACCAACAUAUAUGGUAAAGUUUUGGGAGCAACUGCAGACGAAACCAUCCUGGUGGGACUUCAGAUGUUCAAAAGAAUAGGAUUUGCUCAAUCAGCCCCUACUGCUGAUCCAGGAGCAACAGAACAAAUGUUAAUUGCAGAUCAGUCCGGAAGAGGAGCAACGAGUAAUCAUUCUGGAGGGAGUUUCGGUAGACAAUCGCACCCUGAUGGAAUGGAAAAUGAUUAUCCAACACACGGUAGUAGCAAGAUGGAAAGAAUGGAUCGAGAUGACGUACAUGAAGAACAUUAUUCUGAAGAAGAGAUCUUUGGAGAUGGUGGACUUAAUGAAAGCAUAACGUCCAGGACUAGCGACCAAAGUGCAGGACCCGAAAACAGAGCAAGUUGCAACGAGACAUUCGUAGAUGAGGAAAUGUUGAGGCACGAAUCCUCGCAAACCGAUAACAUGGGAUCGCGUUGUCCGUCAUUCAGAAAGAGGGACUCUGAGACCUCCACCGAUGGGGGGCAACCGAUAUGUCACGUGGAUUCACAGACCGAGACCGAAGCAAGAAGGAGUUAUGGGACCAGAGGUAGUAUGACCACCAGGGAGUCUUGUUCUAGAUCCAAGUCCAAGUCAACGACUGGUGGCUCGUGUAGGAAAUCAAUCGAAGAUGCAUUCAGAAGGUAUUCCAGGGAAAACGAUGAACCGAGUCCCCAUGAUCCUGAGGAAUCUGAAGAAGCUGAUGAUUGUAAUGAAGUUUACGAAGAACAUUAUCAUAGCGACAGUAACGAAUCGAGAAUCAAAAAUGGUGAAGACUUCCACAGUAGCAGAAGUGGACAAUCUGGAGAAAUGAUAAAAAACAGUCGUGGUAGUCAUGACGCGUACGGUAGUUCCAACGAAAGUCGUGUCACUCGUGAUAGUCACCACAGUCAAAGUAUACGUGGCAGUAGCGGUAGUCAUGGUAGUCACAGCAUACAAGAUAGUCAUCAUAGUCAAAGCAUACGUGGCAGUAGCGGUAGUCAUGGCAGUCGCAACAUACAAGAUGGUCAUCAUAGUCAAAGCAUACGUGGCAGUAGCGGUAGUCACGGUAGUCACAGCAUACCAGAUAGUCAUCAAAGUCAAAGCAUACGUGGCAGUAGCGGUAGUCAUGGUAGUCACAGCAUACAAGAUAGUCAUCAUACUCAAAGCUAUCGUGGCAGUAGCGGUAGUCACGGAGGUCACAGCAUACAAGAUAGUCAUCAAAGUCAGAGCAUCCGUGGCAGUAGCGGUAGUCACGGUAGUCGCAGCAUACAAGGAAGUCAUCAUAGUCAUGGCAUUCGUGGUAGUCAUCAUAGCCGAAGUCAUGAAGGAUAUUCGUCUAGUGAAGGGAGGGCUCUCUCGACAUCACUUGAAGGAGUAUGUGGUACUGUAUCGGAAGGCCAGUUUUACAAGUGUGGAUCAAAACAGAGCCAGCCCAGUUCUGGAAGAAUUUCAGUGAAAUCAGUUAGAUCAGAACCUUCUCCAUCCAGGUCAAGAGAAGAGAAACACAGCGACAGCAGUAGAUCAAACGAAUCCCGCAAAAGUGACAGAAGCAGAGAUCGUUACGAAAAAGAUGACAGUAGGGUAUCGCGUGGUGGCAGCUCACCUGGUUCUGGAAGGGCUCACAUAUCGCCAAACGAAUCAGAUGACAGAAGAAGCCAGAGAAGUAGGGAGACAGUCAGAGGAGGCAAAAGCAUGGAAAGUGUGAGGAGCGCUGGUAGUAGAAGUCAGCACAGAGAGAGUCAUGAAGACAACAGAAGAGGACGAAGUCCCAGAGACAGUCCCAGAAGCGGCUCUGGGGCUUCAGAAGAGAUGACACUACAGCUCGGUAGAUCCCAGAGAGACACCAUGAGACCUAAAGGCUCCACCUCGAUCCUAAAAGAUUCUUCUAGCUCGUCGAAGUCGAAGAGUGACUCCCCCGAUAGCGUUUCGUGCAGCUGUACUUAUUCUGUCAGUUCGCCAGAGAAAACUGAUAAGGAAACUCAGGAGUUUCCGAAGCAGAAUAGCUGUUGUUCGUGUUGCCCUUGUGGGAAGAAAAAGGAAUACGUAUGUCCGGAGCGGAAGUCUUGUUUCAAAACGAAAGCUUGUGAGAUAUGCUACCAUGAUACUAAGAGGAGUGAUGUGCAAAUGGCGAGGACUCCUUCCCAGAAGAAAGUCCGACUAUGUUGCGACUGCUCCACAAGCACCUCUUCCUGUCUGUCGGCUGCUAUUUCGAAUAGCUAUGGACAAAUGCAGAAAGGAGAUGGGUACGCCCUUCAAGGGACAGUUCGAUAUUCGAUAACGAAGAUCACCGAUUUUGGGGAAUUCACCACGUUCGAGGUCAUGAAGAGUACUAGGAAAAUGCCAAAAACCAUGCCGACUUCUUUGGAGGGAGUUUUUGUUCUCAGGAGGGCUACAAGCGGGACAUGAAUAAAUAUAUUUUUACAUUAUU